GGACUACCAGCUAAACUAGAAAUCUUUCAAAAAUUAUGCUAAAAUGCCAACUUGCUGGCUCAUCAGCGAGGAGGGCAAUCACAGACCCAUCCAGCUGCCUCAUUUACAGACAGUUGUUGUGGGUCGAGGCCCAGAAACGACGAUUAAAGACAAAAAAUGCUCCAGGCAGCAAGUUGAGCUGAGAGCUGAAUGCAACAAAGGUUAUGUCAAAGUUAAACAGCUGGGUCUGAAUCCCACUUCUGUAGACUCUGUAGUGGUGGGUAAAGGCAGUGAGGUCAAAAUAAAGCCUGGGCAGCACCUUCAUGUUGUCAAUCAGCUUUACCCAUACACCGUACAGUUUAAAGAAGAUCCCACAGGGAACCGCAGCGACACCAAAAGACCCAGGGAUCCAAUGUCAGAGGACAGGGUGAAAACAGUGAAACAGACAGAAAAGGACUCGUUGUCAGACGGUCAUGGAGGAGCCACAAAAACCAAUGAAAGUGCUGGCCAUUGGAGCCAAGGCCUGAAGACGUCGAUGCACGACCCUAAGAUGCAGGUUUACAAAGAUGAUAAAGUUGUUGUAAUUAAAGACAAAUACCCUAAAGCUCGUUACCACUGGCUGGUCCUCCCGUGGCAGUCGAUCCCCAGCCUGAAGGCGCUGCGCCCGGAGCACUGCGAGCUGCUGAAACACAUGCAGCAGGUCGCACAGCGCAUGGUGCAGCAGUGUCCAGACUGUGGCUCGCUGAGCUUCCGAACAGGUUACCACGCCAUCCCGAGCCUCAGUCAUCUUCACCUCCAUGUGAUCAGCCAGGACUUUGACUCUCCCUGUUUAAAGAACAAGAAGCACUGGAACUCCUUCACCACCGACUAUUUCAUGGACGCUCAGCACGUCAUCCAGAUGCUUGAAACGAGCGGAAAGGUCACGGUGGAAGACGGCAACGAGGAGCUGUUGAAGCGUCCGCUCCGCUGCCAUCGUUGUCCCAAAGAGUGUCCCACCAUGCCUGCGCUGAAGGAGCACCUCAGAUCUCACUCCCACAAAUAACCACGUCAUCCUAAACCUCCGUUCUCACAGUUCCAACACUUUGUUAAAAGAGCCUUACAAGGAUUCGGUUCCCGUUUGUUACAAUAUUUAGUUGCAUUAAGAAUGACCUUUUUAUAUUACCAGGUGCGCAGCAAAUGUUUGGAGCUUUAGUUGAGUU